CUUGAACAAAAGCCGCCAGGAUCGUUUGAUGCGAUCUGGCUUGCCUUCCUCGUCGUACUCAUUUUCGUCGUACGUUCCAGCUUACUUCAAGUCUCCAAAAUACUAGAUCUUAUUCUUUAAUUCUUCGUUGACCAUACGAUUUUUCCUUAAGUUUGUUCAAGUAUGUUAGUAUGUGACAGCGUUGUUAAUAAGCUAAGUUAGAACAACCACUUGUUAUCUUUAACAGAUGUUGCUUUUUGUGUCAAAGUUCCUUUGUUCAUGGUGGAAAAAUCACACCCACUAUGUCAAAACUCAGCUUCAGAAGUGUCUCGGGAUAGUUUUCUUCAACCUGUUAUCGAUCAAGUGUUGUACCUCUAAUUGUAAUCCGAAUAAAUUGAAAACAGUGCAGUGACAAUGCAGAUUGUGUGGUAGUAUUCAAGAUUUUGUAAAUGAACUAAUAGGACAAAACAACGCUGUGCAAUAAAUGCAAAUUAGUACACUUUCUUCGGUUGGUUAGCUGAAAUUAAUUAAACAGAUGCAUUAAAAUAUACUGAUAGUGAACUAACGUUGUGUAAAAACGUUUUUCUGCUCCGAAAGCAUCAAUUCUACAAAAGACUCAUUGCAAACUAAAGGUGAAAAAGAGCUCUAACGGAUUUUAUUGAUUAACUGAAAGUAUGGAUGCUUAAAAGCUACGACUUCACUUUAUACCAUAUUACAGUAGUUAACAAUGGAUUUUCGCGAGUUAAACAAAAUCAAGAAAGAAAAUAAAAAGAAGCCCAUACUUGUAAUUAAAGAUCGAAAAACUGCUCUGUCGGCUUUGGAUAUUCAAAAGUUGUUAGGCUUGACGAUUUUUCCACAACAUUUCGUUAAAUGGCCUGAUUGGUGUUCAGUCACCAAGCCCUCGUUCAUCAAGAAUAUUGUUCUGGUAUUUAUUAACAGAGUAAAUACUCUAAAAUCGAACGAGAAAUAUGGACAACAGUUUGCUCUGAUGUUUGGGGAGCCACUGAAAGUAUUAAAUCCAGAAGCUUAUAAGUAUACAUGGGACAGAGAAAUUUCUACUGUCCCCAGAAGUUUCCUCACAACUCACGCAGCAGCUAUGGCGGAUUUAAAUAAGUCAAUACUAACUCCUGUUCCCCGCCGCACGUGGAUAGAUGAUGAAAAAACUAUUGAUAAAAUGCGUAUAAUCAAAUCAGUUCACGAAAUAACUAAAGAACAGUUACCUUCACAGACUACUAAUUCUACUUCUACUACUACGACUACUACUAAUGAACCAGUAGAAAAACGCACUCUUAAAAGAAAAGCUGAUAAACUUUUUCCAUUACCUAUACCAGGUACACCUGAUGCAUUUGAUAGAACUUUACUGAUUUUAAAUGUUGAGCAAAUGAAAAAAGAAAACGUUCCAUUACCUAAUGAAUUAUUAAUCGACCAACGUAAAUACUUCAAAAACCGUUCAGAUUUUGUACCGAGUAAACCUGUAUACCUUCCUGUAUCAGCCAACAGCCCAAUGUAUGCAGUAGACUGCGAAAUGGUACUUACAUCCGUAGGAAGUGAGUUGGCUCGAGUGACUAUGGUUGAUGAGAAGGCAACAGUUAUGUUCGAUCGUUUAGUGAAACCGCCAAAUCCUGUUAAAGACUAUUUAACUAAAUUCAGUGGAAUUACUAGAGAAAUGCUUGCAUUAAUAGACACUACACUGGCAGAUAUACAGCGCGAAUUAGCUGAAACGUUACCAGGAGAUGCUAUCUUAGUUGGUCAUUCGAUUGGAAAUGAUUUAGAAGCCAUGAAGGUUUUUCAUCCGUAUUUAAUUGAUACAAGUGUCAUCUAUAAUCUGAAAGGCAAUAGAGCGGCUAAAACACGUCUUCGAUUCCUAUCAGAACAUUUUCUCGGACGUAUGAUUCAAACUGGUAAAGGAGGUCAUUCUUCCGCUGAAGAUGCCAUUGCUACAAUGGAUCUGGUGCGAUUAAAAUUAAGCCAAGAUAUUGGCUUUGGUGAUGUGACUACAUCUUGGCGUUUCCCAGAAGAUUACCAAUCGCCAAUAGAAACCAAGCAAUACAACAAUACUACUAACGACAAUAACCUUCCAUUUAUUUCAUCAACAUGUAAUGAUUUAUUAACAGAAAGUCAAUAUUUUGAAACUCAUCCAGUUUUUCAAGAUCAUCUAUUAAAAUUAUGUUCAUUUUAUAAAUCUUUGGGUAAACCAAUUCACUUGUUUAAUCGUUUACUACAUGAUUCCGGUAUAACUUAUGCUUAUUGGCCAAUUUAUCAAGGAGAAAACGACAAAGAACAACAACAACAACAACAGAGAGAAGAACAAGAGAGAGAAAAGGAAUCAGUUCAGCAUAUUACUACUGAUUCAAAACAUAGCGAAAUUUUCAUACCUAUAAAUUUUAAUUCAACUGAUCAUCAAACGACCACUACUGAUAAUGUAAAUACAACAACAACAACAACUACUACUACUACCAACAGUGAUGAACCUACAACAACAUUGACAGUAGUCAAUAAGAUUUCGAAAAAAUUAUCAAAUUACAUCGUUGAUUUGUGUAAUUCACAUAGAUUAGUAAUGAUACAGGCGAAUUGUUCGCCUGAAUGGGAUAAAGAAAAAUGCUACCAUAAAGUGUGUAAAUUCUGUACAAAAUUAUAUUCUAAUUUAGCAGAAAAUAGUUUAAUCGGUGUUAUUUGUACAGGUUCCGAAUUUCAAAAGCCAUUAUCUAAAAAACGUACACAUGCAAACAUUUUAAAAUCAGCUUUAGGCAAUUUCUAUAUAACACUCAAUUCAAAUGUUGUUGUUCAAACUACAACUGUUGAUAAUGAUUCCAAAUAAAGAUGCUUAUUAGUAUUGACUUUUGUUAUGUGUAAAUUUUGAAUUUCCAACCGACUCAAUCUUUUGUUUAUACCAUAAUAAUUUCCGAAAUAUAGAAAUAAACAUUAUUCUUUUGUAUUAAUUACGCAUAUUUCUUAUGAUAAUGAUGAUGUAAUUAUUUACUAACAAAGAGAUAUAUGAUCGA